GUCGAAUCUGCUUCAUUCAUGUAAAUGCAGCCCAUAUGUCUCAGUCCGGCUCGGAUUGGUUCAGUUACAUGACUGACCGGAGAGGUUAGUGAACUGUUUAGCGGAUAAACAGGAGGAGAUGCUGAUGGUCAGGUGCAUUGUGGGUGACCUGCGUAGAGGACUUUUGAGAUGGAUGUCCCAGCAGAGGCGUCCUCUUUCUGCCUAUCCUCAGGGUCCAAACAUGCUCUUCUCCAAGUCACCACAGGCCUCAGACUGUCAACAUGUCAGACUGUAUGGAGGUCAUGGUCGUCUUCCUCUGCUGACACAGAGGGGCUUUUCGUCUCAGGGUCAGAACCCAUCUCUUAAGGCGGCUAAAGUGAAGCUGCGCACUCGUCUGUUGGUGACGCUGUUGUUUGGUGGCAGUCUGCUGGGCUGCUGCUGGUAUGUUUACCUGGAGAAGGAACAGAAGCUGCGAAGACAUCGUAUUGAGCAGCUGAAGAAGGUGGCUUUGGGUCAGGGCACCUUCAGCCUCUUGGACCACACAGGAAGGCGCAGGACCAAGCAGGACUUCCUGGGCAGCUGGGUGCUGCUGUAUUUCGGCUUCACCCACUGCCCUGACAUCUGUCCAGAUGAGCUGGAAAAGAUGAGCGCCGUAGUGGCCACUCUAGACCAGGACCCAGCACUGCCUCAGGUACAGCCCCUGUUCAUCACCGUAGACCCAGAGAGGGAUGAUGUGCCGGCCUUGGCCCACUAUGUCAAAGACUUUCACCCCCGCCUGAUCGGACUCACAGGUACGGCCGAGGAGGUGAAGCACGCAGGGCGGGACUACAGAGUGUAUGCCACUCCUGGUCCUAAGGACGAGGACGGAGACUACAUUGUGGAUCACACCAUCCUGAUCUACUUGAUCAGUCCAGAUGGACUGUUUUUGGAUUAUUACAACAGGAUGAAGGACCAGGAGCACAUCACAGAGAGCAUCAGAAACCACAUCAAGACCUACAAACUCUGACUAAACCCUUCACUACAAGACAUAAAAACCAAAUACUAGCGUUUGAGUUUGGACUUCUGAAACCUGGAGGCAUUUAGAAAGUUUGUUCAGAAAAUAAAACCACAAGUGUUCAUGUGAACCAACAAAACAAAAGUUUCACAUCUUUUUGAAUAAAAAUUUAUAUUAUAAAUUCUAAUAAUCAGUUUCAUUUCAUUGUACAUAUGUAGUGACAAUAAAGGCAUUAUAUUCUAUUCUAUGUUCAGCAUCUGUUAUGAAACCUGAUUUUGUCAUUUUCACCACCACAAAAAAGUUGUUUCAGUGUGAGGUGUUCAAUUUGGUGAAAAGACUUUAAUACUGAGAAGAGUCCGUUACCAGAGAGCUGACCAAGUGAUUAAACCAUUAAGAACUACAGUGGUUACUCACCACAGGGCACAGAAUAAAACCAGUGCAUUUUUUGAGUGGCUGUUUUCUGUAACAAUGUAGUGUCCACAUUAAGACAGUGUUCAUGCUGUCAGAUCUGUAUCUGAUGGUCAGUAUACUGUGAAUGCUUUAAUAUCAAAUCCGGUUUGGUUAAGUAUUAGUCUUGAGAUCUUUUGUCACUUUAGCUUUUCUCUGCUACUUGUUUUUCAGGACAAAUGUGUAUAUGAUUGUCAUAUUUUUACUGUCAUCAAUUAAUAGUCGUUCUGCCUGUUGGUUAGUCAUGGUGAAUCCUUAACAUACUCAGAGCUGCUUGAACUAACUCAACUUAGUUAACUCAGAGUUCAGGAUUGACCUCAGACUUGAACAAUCUUUCUCAAGCAGACCCUUGAGCUUUUAUUCAUCCACAUAUUUGGCAAUUUAUUUGUAAUCAAUAACAUAACACCUUUCAAAACAUUUGAAAUUGUACAUUUAUUUUGAUAUCAAUUUGAUGGUUCUGACACACUUCAUAACUUCAGUUGUGAAAAGUUCUCUGCAAACACCGAUGGUGAGGAUUCUAAUAUUAAACAGAACUGAAGAUUUCAUAGUUGUCAUAUGAACUAAUGACUCACCCAUUAUUUGUUCAAAGCACAAAUUCAACAAAAACUUGUUUUAUUACCAUUAUUAAUGACUCAUAGAACAAAACACUCCACCAUAACUCCGACUGUUCUUUUAUCAUAAGACAGGAGCUAAGAGGACAUUUACAAUUUUUAACCCAUCA